AUGAGAGACGUGACCGAGACUUCAUUUGAAGAUUUAGAAACCUCUAUUUCAAGAGAACAGCCGGUACAAACGUCUUCUCGUUUGCCUCAUCAACUAAGAAACAUGAAAUCUUAUCCAACUCCGUCGACUGGUAGCUCCAAUGCUACGGUCUUUUCUGAUAACCUUAGAGAAAGAGUUUGGUCUAGCAACUUUUCUGAUGGUGAAAUUGGUGAAGAAGAUGAGUAUUUGGGCGACUUUAUGGAUUUUCAUAAUAAAAAGGAUAAUUUUGACAAAGCUAUAAGAACGCACCUAAAUAAUAACAACACGAGUACAGCUAGAAGGCUACAUUCUUCUCCCACUAGAAGAAGUCAGGAAUUUGCUCAGAAAUUUGACAAGCUUCUCACUGUAAGUGCUCCAAAGACGAGAGCUGGCCUCUCGAGAGAAGAAACCGGUGGAAGCUUGAGGCAACCAAAAUCUAUGAUGAAUUUACAUAAUCGAAGAGACAUUAAUAACUAUAUGGAUAUCGCUAACAAUAAUGACAAUAUGGCAGGGCUGAAGAGUAGUAAAUCAUAUGGUAGUCUACGAAAUCCUUCAAGAAAUAACAAUACGGUUAGAUUCAAAAAAUCCUUAUCAAAUUUGAUACCAUCCGCACCAGUAAUCCAGGAACAAGACGAAGAUAAUUCGAGUGACGAUUUCAUGAAUGAUACCGUAAUAGGACCUUCAACAAACAGAGAACAAUUUCUGAAAAAGUUUGAAGAAGACAACCUUGAACAGGAGGAUGACGCAGAUUUCGCCUUUGAUGAAUCUGUUUUACAACCUCAAUUCUUAUCUAAAAUUGCCAUAACUCGAUCAAAUUCAAAGGUUUCAACUGAUAUGUAUGAAAUUGAGGACGCUGAAAACUUAUUAACCCCACAACUACAUAGGCAAUCCAGACAGAGGGUAGUCAUGGGCCCUGACACAUUCAAAGAUCCUCGAGUAAAUAGCAGAAAGCCUUCAGGUGGAUUCAUACCGCCAACAUCCAAAAUUAAAACGAUCAAGCAACAGAUAGACUGUAAUACACCGAUAAAGAGGGGGAAUAUGCAGUAUAACCCACGAACUAUGAAAUGGGAGGGAAAUGAAAAGGUUUUAAGUACAUUUGAUGUAAUGGAAGAUAAACCUUUACUUAUCAGGAAUAAAAAAUCGGAUUCAAAUGAACUAGAGAAUGUGAAGAUAAGAUCAAACUCCAAUAAUCCAAGAGUAGUGGGGAACAUGGUCUUCGACGAGAAAAAUCUAAGAUGGGUAAGUAUUCAUGAAGAGCAAGCCGACCCAUUUGCUGGGGUUGAUAAAAUACUUAAUUUACCCAAAAGGAAGAAGUCUUCGCCCUUUUUAAGAUCUCAAAGUCACUCAACUACAAAUAGAAGAACUGCUUCUUCGAGCCUUGCGUCCAGAAAAUACAAUACAAUUGGUGGCAGAGGAAGCCCUACCGAGUAUAAUGAGGCAGAUCCUGCAUUCUUUGUCAAUUCCAGACAGCUAGAGCAUUUUUAUCAUGAAGAGAAUAAAUGGAAUAAGAAAGUUGGCGCAUGGUUUAUUUUAGGUAAUCAAGGAGAAGAGGACGAUCUGUCUAAAAAUAUCACAAUAACAAACCAUGACCAUAAAGAAUUCAUGUAUGAAAUAAGAAAGAUGGUAUUAAACUCGACAAGAAAUUGA